CGACCCGUUGUACUGUUGCCUCCCCUGGCGCAGAGGGUGUCGGGACUUUGGUCUCAUCGAGGCCUGGGGGGAGGAGCAAGGAGGGCCCGGGGGGACCCCUGACACCCCUCUGACGCCCCCUGACACCCCUCUGACACCCCUCUGACACUCUGGUGUCCUCCUCACAUGCUACAGAGGCUCAGGUGACCCCUGAGGCCCUGCACAGGCUCUGCCCACCAUCCCUGAGGCCCUACAGAUCCUCUGCUCACCACCCCUGAGACGCUACAGAGAUUCUGGUGACCCCUGAGGACCUGCACAGGCUCUGGUCAUUGCCCCCGAGACGCUACAGAGACUCUGGUCACCACCCCUGAAGCCCUGCAGAGACCCUGGUGACCCCUGAAGCCCUACAGAGACUCUGGUCACCACCCCUGAGAUGCUACAGAGACUCUGGUGACCCCUGAAGCCCUGCAGAGACUCUGGUGACCACCCCUGAGGUCCUGCAGAAACUCUGGUGACGACCCCAGAGAUGCUACAGAGACUGGGGACCCCUGAGGUCCUGCAGAGACUCUGGUGACGACCCCUGAGAUGCCACAGAGACUCUGGUCACGACCCCUGAGGCCCUGCAGAGGCUCUGGUGACCCCUGAAGCCCUGCAGAGACUCUGGUGACGACCCCGGAGGCCCUGCAGAGGCUCUGGUGACCCCUGAAGUCCUGCAGAGACUCUGGUGACGACCCCUGAGAUGCUACAGAGACUCUGGUGACCCCUGAAGCCCUGCAGAGACUCUGGUGACGACCCCUGAAGCACUGCAGAGACUCUGGUGACGACCCCUGAGGCCCUGCAGAGACUCUGGUGACCCCUGAAGCCCUGCAGAGACUCUGGUGACGACCCCUGAGACGCUACAGAGACUCUGGUGACCCCUGAGACGCGACAGAGACUCUGGUGACCCCUGAGACGCGACAGAGACUCUGGUGACCCCUGAGCCCCUAGAGAGACCGUGGGCACCAAGGCCCCACCGAGAUCCCCCCGAAACCCCAGGUCCUCCCCGAGCGCCGCUGAGAUUCCGAGACCUCGGCGGCCCCGCCGAGGCUCCGAGGUCUCCGAGACCCUGGGGACCCCCAAGGCGUCGAGGAAGUUCUUGGACCGCCGAGGCCUGACCGAGGCCCUGGGACCGCUGCCCGCCAUGGGGCACCUCCUGCCCGCCGUGGUGAUCGACAGCGGCUCGGGGUUCAUCAAGUCGGGCUUGGCCGGGAUCAGGGAGCCCCAGUUCGUCUACGCCAACGUGACCGGCUGGGGGAGAGGCCAGAUGGGCGCGCACGGUCCGAGGGAACUGUACGUGGGCGAGGAGGCGCAGGCCCAGCGGGGCGGCCUCUACGUCAGUUACCCCGUGGAGAGGGGCAUCGUCACCUCCUGGGAGGAGAUGGAGGCCGUGUGGAGGAAUGUCUACGAGAAGGAUCUGAAGGUGGAGGCCAGCGAGAGGCCAGUCCUCCUCACCGAGACGGCUCUCAAUCCCCCGGCCGGCCGGGAGCGCGCGACGGAGCUGUUCUUUGAGAGCUUCGAGGUCCCCGCCUUCUACGUCGCCAUCCAGGCGGUGCUGGCCCUCUUCGCCUCGGGCCGCACCACGGGCUGCGUGCUGGACUGCGGCGACGGGGUCACCGCCUGCGUCCCCGUCUUCGAGUGCUACUGCCUGCCUCACGCCGUCCUGCGGCUGGAGCUGGCCGGACGCGACCUCACCGACUACCUCGCGAGGCUGCUGACGGACAGCGGCGUCGUCCUGCUCAAGACCGAGGAGAGGAGGAUCGUCAGGGACAUCAAGGAGACCGGCUGCUACGUGGCCCUGGACCUGGAAGAAGAGGCGGCCAAGAAGUCGCGGUACGCCUACAGGCUUCCCGACGGCAAGCGCGUCGAGGUCUCCGACCAGCUGUUCCGCUGCCCCGAGAGCCUCUUCUCUCCCUCCGACCUGGGCGUGGAGGCCCCCGGCGUCGACGUGCAGUGCUUCGACAGCGUCAUGAGCUGCGACACGGAGCUGAGGGACCGGUUGUUCUCCAACGUGAUCCUCGCCGGGGGGUCGAGCCUCUUCCCCGGGCUGGACCGGAGGCUGUUGAAGGGAAUGAGGCGCCUGGUGCCCGCCGACACGGCCCUGCGGGUCUCGGCUCCUCCGCGCAGGGAGUUCGCGGCCUGGAUCGGGGGGUCCAUCCUGGCCUCCAUCUCUGCCUUCCAGGACACGUGGAUCACCGUUAGGGAAUACAGGGAAGUGGGGCCCAACAUAGUGCACCAGAGGUGCUUCUGAAGCCGGUGACGGCAACAGAGAAAGAACGGCGGGCAAACCCGACUGGGGACGCGUGAGUCUCGCAAGGAUUUCGACUUGCCCGGUGAAUAAAGACGAUACCUCAGACCUCGAAGACC